ACUUCGAAUGAAAUAGAGAGUGAGUUAUUAGACCACUCCUCUCUCAGCCGCAGCUAUUACUAGUUACUUUUUUUUUGUUAGGUAUCACAGCAAGCCGGUUCUCUUUCUCAUUAUCUAGGGUUUGAAAUCUCAGGAUACACACAAGGAUAAAGGAUUAACCAUGGACGAUGUUAGGGCCAGCUCUGCUUGGGUCGCCAGUCACUCUUCUCAUGUCGUUGUCGACUCUUCAGGGAUAGAAAAAGUGGUGCAGACAAUCGAUUCGAUUCCGAAAGUGAAAUGGGAUUUUGAAGGAAUUCACUAUUUUGAUAAUGGGCCUCUCACCGUCCAGUAUCUCUUGGUGUUGGACGCUUUGAAUUUCUGCUUUUGGCCUGAUGCUGAUUUAAAUUAUGAUAAUUUGGCUUCGGGGCUGAAGGAAGCUCUACUGAAUGACAAAUCAGCUUUUGAUGCAGAUCGCUUGCAGAGUUACACUGGUCCUCAAUUACGAGCGCUGUUAAAAUGGCCGAGGCCACUCCCCUUGGAGGAUGAACGCAUUCGGUUGCUGCAUGAGGUUGGAUUUGAACUGGAGAGAAGCUUUGGUGGCAAAGCAUCUAAUCUUGUGGAGUCUAGUGGAAAAUCUGCUGUUAAACUUGUAACUCUUGUUGCUAGUCACUUUCCUGGCUUUAGAGACCACUCACUCUACAAAGGACACCAGGUAUUCUUGUAUAAAAGAGCCCAGAUAUUUGCUGCAGAUUUAUGGGGUGCAUUCCAGGGUCAAGGAUAUGGAGAAUUCAAUGACAUUGGCUCUAUCACCAUAAUGGCAGAUUAUAUUGUUCCAGCUGUUCUACGACAGAUUGGUGUGCUCAAAUAUAGUUCAAUCCUUGCUAACAAAAUUGAGGCUGAUAGUGAAAUAGGUCCGGGCAGUGAGGAGGAAGUUGAACUGAGAGCUUGCUCUAUUCACGCCGUGGAAAAAAUGAGGGAGUUAAUCAGUAACAAAUCAGGAAAUCAGGUACUCAGCGUCGAGCUAGAUCUUUGGCUUUGGUCUGUUGGAGUUCAGGUUCCGUCCCUGAAACACCACCGAACACUUUCGAUAUAUUACUAAAAAUGCACAGUAAUAGGGUGCUCUGCCUUGUUGCCACAUGUUUCUUAAUUGCAAUUAGUGAGGAAACCAAUUGGCAUAAUUUAUGAUGAAGUAUAUGUUUAGGCGGUCUCAGUUUUUUCUGUAGCUUUUAACUACUAGUAUCAGUCAUGGUGUCUUUCUUUUGAACUAGGCUGAUGAUUGAGAAAGAAAACUUUCUUCACAUAAUAAUGUAAAAACAUUGUCAUUGAUACAGGGGUACUCUUGGUGAAUUAGGCCAAUUCUACUUGCA